AUGGCGUCCCGGCUGCGCCUGUGCCUGCUGCUGCUGGCGGCCGCCGCGUGGGCCGGGCCGCCCGGGCCGGGCCGCCUGGUGCCCUACGACCUGCUGUACGCGGACGGGGUGCGCGCGUACUUCGCGCGGGACUGGGGGCGCGCGGCCGAGCUGCUGCAGCGCGCGCUCCAGAGCUACGCGGGGCUGCGCGCCGCGCGCCUCGCCUGCCGCGCCGCCUGCCGCCGGGAGGCGCCCUUCCUGGGCGCGCCGUGGGAGGGCGCCCUCCUCGGGCGGGUGCUGCAGCGCGCCGACUGCGUGCGGCACUGCCUGGGGAGCCGCCUCGGCGCCGCGCCCUCCGCCCACCGCGCCAGCCGCGACGUGCGCCGCGACUUCCAGCGGCGGGAGCCCUACAACUACCUGCAGGUCGCCUUCUUCCAGCUGAAGAGGCUGGACCAGGCCGUCUCCGCCGCGCACACCUUCUUCGUGGCCAAUCCGCAGCACCUCCAGAUGCGGGAGGACAUCGAGAAGUACCGGCGCAUGUCGGCGGUGAAGCCGGACAGCUUCCGCGACCUGGAGGCCACGCCGCACUGGGAGGCAUAUGAGGCUGGGGUGCAGCACUACAAUGCAGAUGAGUACCUGCAGGCUGUGGCCAGGCUGGAGGAGUCACUUGAAGAGGCGUUGACAGCACUGGAAGAGUGCCGUGCCCUGUGUGAAGGGCCUUGGGAGGAUGAGGUCGAGGAGGAUGAGGAGGAGGAUAUGCAACCUGGCCUGUAUGAAGCCAUUGCAGCUCAUUAUAUCCAUGUUUUGAAGUGUAGACAGCAGUGCGUCCUUGAAAUUGCCACAAAGCCGGGGCGGAUUUCUGCCACAGAAGAUUUCAUACCCUCUCAUCUUGAUUUGCUGCAGUUUGCCUACAGUCAAGUUGGGAACCAGACGCUGGCUGCUGAAUGUGCAGCUUCCUACUUGCUCUUCUAUCCCACGGAUGAGCCAAUGAUGGAGAGAAUGAAACAGUAUCGCGCAGAACUGGGAGAGGAUGCAGCUGUCACAGCCAGAGAGAGCAUUCAACAGUAUGUGCAGAGAUCUUUGAUGGAGAAGAAGCUGAUUUAUUAUGCAGUGGAGCAUCUUGGAGGAACUUUUAACGACCCUGAUCUUUGGACUCCAGAUGAGCUGAUUCCCGAAAACCUAAAGGAGAAACACAGAGAGGAUCAAGAGAAACAAAAGCAGGAAACUCUGGACGUGGAAGAGAGAGAGAAGAAGGGUCCUUUGCCUUUUGAGGGUAUUGCUGUUACAAUGGAUUCUCACCAGAUGAAUGGAACCCAGAGGGUUGUGUUCGACAAAGUGCUGACAGAGUCUGAGUGUAAGGACCUUCUCCGGCUGACAAAGGCAGCAGGGGAAGCAGGAGAUGGCUUCCGGACAAGACGGUCACCUCACACCCCACAUGAGAGGUUCGAAGGGUUAACUGUUCUGAAGGCAGCGCAGCUGGCCCAGAAUGGGGACGUGGACUGGAGAGAUGCCAAAUUGCUUCUGCAGGCCAGUGAGAAAGCCCGGAAAAUCAUAGAGUCCUAUUUUACUCCUGGGAAGACGCUGCACUUCUCAUUCACACACCUCGUGUGCCGCACAGCUGCACACGAGGAACAGGAAGGUCGGAUGGAUCUUAGUCAUCCUGUCCAUGCUGAUAAUUGUCUCUUGGAUCCCGAGGGGCAGGAGUGCUGGAGAGAACCACCUGCCUACGUGUACAGAGACUACAGCGGCAUUCUCUACCUCAACGAUGACUUCCAAGGUGGGGGCCUUUUCUUCACUGAAAUGGACACCGUGACUGUCACAGCCGAAGUGCAUCCUAAGUGUGGGAGGCUGGUAGCCUUCAGCUCUGGCAAGGAGAAUCCCCAUGGCGUGUGGGCAGUGAGACGUGGAAGGCGCUGUGCCAUUGCUCUCUGGUACACACACUCGCAGGAGCAUGCUGAGCAGGAACGAGUGAAGGCAGAGGAGCUGAUGGAGCAGGACCGGCCUGAUGGAGGAGAACUUCAGGGGGCUGAUGGCAGUGGCAGAUCCUCCUCUGAGCCUCCCAUUCCCACCAGCAGAGCCAGGCCCACAAGCCGGAGACACAAGCCUGGCUCAGACAGGACUGAGGACAGGACCCCCAAGGGGCUGCGGGUCAGAGAUGAGUUCUGAGUACGGGUGGCCCCAGCGGCAGGACUGGCACACACCAUGGCCUGGCAGGUCGCGGUAGCACUGGGACUUCAGAGGCCUGGAGCAGUGUAUUAGCAUGCUAGAGCUGUAGCAAUGGGGAGGGAUACAACUUUCUUCUCUGUGGCAUCCCAGCAGCUGAAAAAUGGGAGCAAGGACAGAGCAUUCAAGUCAGUGACACCAGAAACUUUCUUCACUGCCUCACCAACAUGUUUCUGUCAUUCGGAAGUAAGAAGAUAGGGUGUCCUCACCCUCUUCACUUCUUGGUCAUCCAGAGAGAAAUCUGAGAGGGGGGGAGGAGCCUGGGGUCUUCUGUUAAGGGCUUUCUCACAUUCAAGAACUCAGAGGAGAUUCUGAGUUUCCGAGGCAUCUACAUACUCCUGAAACUCACAGUUGGUCUGAGGGAGGGAAGGUGAGGGACUGAACAUGUGGAAUAAAAGCAAAAUGCUGGACAUGGA